AUGCAUCUUUCUAUGCUUCUCGGCCUCGGUGCUGCAGCUGUCACCAAUGCAGCCGAAGCACGCAACAUUCUCUACUAUGACCAGUGGCACACCAAGGAUCUCCCUCCCAAGGAGAUCACCAGCAGCGUUACCCAUGUCAUGAUGUCCUUCGCCAACUCAUCUCUCUUCACCACCCAGCCUGGUGGAAAGUACGAGCCCUUCCAGCCCCUCAAGCAAGUCCGUGGUCUCUUUGACCAUGACAUCAAAAUCUGUCUUGCUGUUGGUGGCUGGGGCGACAACGCUGGCUUUGACGAAGGUGUCAAGACUGAUCGUACCCGUGAGCGAUUUGCUAGGAACAUCGCUUCCACUCUUGAUAGACUUGGUUUUGACUGUGUCGAUAUCGACUGGGAGUACCCCGGUGGUAACGGCCAAGACUACAAGCAGGUCCCCAACUCCAAGAAGACCAAUGAGAUCAAGGCUUUCCCUAAGCUUCUCAAGGAGAUCAAGAAGUUCAUUGGAGACAAGGAGCUUUCUAUUGCCGUCCCUGGUCUUGAGCGUGAUAUGAUCGCUUACAUCCCCACUGAGGCUCCCCUCAUCAACAAAUAUGUCGACUUUGUCAACGUUAUGACCUACGAUCUCAUGAACCGUCGCGACCACUACACCACCCACCAUGUCUCUGUUCAAGGCGCUGCUCGUGCCGUCGACAAGUAUCUAUCCCUCGGCUUCCCCGCCAAUAAGCUUGUCCUCGGUCUUCCAUUCUACGCCAAGUGGUUCACCACCAAAAAGGGUUAUACCUGCACCCAAGCUAUUGGUUGCCCUGCUGAGCUUCUCGAGAACCCUGACGGAAGCGACACUGGCAAGUCUGGCUCUAUGACCUUCGAGGCUGCCAACUUUGCUGCUCCUCCUACCAACCUGACUACCACUCCCGAUGCCACCUGUGGUGCUGGUACUUUCUUCAAGUGUGCUGAGGGAUCUUGCUGUGGAGGAUCUGGGUGGUGUGGCUCUACUCCCGCUCACUGCGGUACAGGCUGUCAAUCUGCCUACGGCAAGUGUGAAGGCGCCGACAUCAACAGUUCAUUCCAGAAGGCUCUCAAUGACGGUCGCACUGACAAGAUGAACGGUGGUCAGUGGUACUGGGACUCCGAGACCCGUAUCUUCUGGUCUUGGGAUACUCCUGAGCUUAUUGCUGAGAAGAUCGCUCUUAUGGCUGAGACUCGUGGUGUCAAGAGUGUCAUGGCUUGGGCUCUUGCGCUAGAUAGCUAUGACUGGAGCCACCUCGAGGCUAUGCAGAAGGGAUUCAAGGCUGUUAACGGUCUUUAA